AUGGACUACAGACACAGUGACUUGUCUCAGAUCUCACAUAUGUCUCUGGAGGUGGCUGCAAACUCCUUGUUUACAGAAGACAAAAAGCAGGAACCUGCUUCCGGUGGUGACAUGGAGGACAAGUCUGAGAAGGACAGAGAUCAGAAUGAAGAGAUGUCCAAAAUCAAUGAGCCUUUGGAUUCUGUGUCUCUGAAUGAUGCCUCAGCAAAGAAGGCCACAGAAGGGUCUGACACUGACCUAGAGGUUGAAGAUUCUGAGAAGGCCUCUGUGGACAUCACAGAUACAGAGCUGUACUUGGAAGCAUGCAGGCUGAUGGAGGUCGUGCCUGUUUCACACUUUAUUCAGAACAUGACCAAGCCUUAUAUAAACCUGAAUCACCAUGGUCUAGGACCCAAAGGUGCCAAAGCCAUUGCUAUUGCUCUGGUGUCCAACACAACUGUCACCCAUCUAGAGCUGGAAGACAAUUGCAUUCAGGCAGAAGGAGCCAUAUGCAUAGCAGAGAUGCUACGAGAGAAUUCCACCCUUCGAGAACUGAACAUCUCCAAUAACCAUCUAGACACAGCAGGAGCCGAAGCCAUUGCCGAUUUGCUUUUGAAUAACCUGUCCUACCUCCAUUCUCUUCGGCUCUCAGGAAACAAUUUUGGAGAGGAGACUGCACCAUACUUUGCUGAGGCAUUAAUGAGCAAUUUCCAAGUGAAGAAGCUGGACCUCAGCCACAAUGAUUUCUCUGAGAAGGGAGGACAGCUACUGGGACAGAUGCUUGCCAUCAACACAAGACUGGAGAUUCUGGACCUGAGCUGGAACCAUCUGAGAAGGAAUGGGGCAGUAGGACUGGGCACAGGUCUAAGGAGCAAUAGUGCACUGAAAAUCCUCAACCUUUCUUGGAACGGCAUUGGCAGCCAGGGAGCGCUGGCACUAGGAGAAGCUCUCAAAGUCAAUAAUGUGCUGGUUCACCUGGACAUCAGCCACAACCAGAUCUACAAUGAUGGAGCCAAGAAGCUCUGCAAGGGCCUUGAAGUCAAUGGAAAUCUCAAAAUCCUGAAGAUGGCAAAUAAUCCCCUGACCUUGGAAGGUGCCACAGCGCUAGUCACAUCUGUAAAAAAGAACCCAAACUCCAUGAUGGAGGAGAUCAACAUCUCAAAUGUGUUGGUGAAUGAAACUUUUGUCAAGUUACUGGAUUUGGUGUAUCAAAUGCAUCCUGAACUAGAUGUCAUCUAUGGUGAGGUUGAAGGUCACAUCUCCAAGAUCCCCAAGCAGCAUCCAAAUCCCAUGAAAGUGAUUCAGAAAUAUUUGAAAGAGCACAACCUACAACUCUGGGACUUUUUUAGGAAUAUUGACAAGGAUGGAAGCAUGAAGAUCCCUGUGGCAGCCUUCAGGAGAGCCAUGAUGCAGCAAUCAAGCAUCCCACUGGAUCGAGUCCAAGUUGGGGAACUAGUGCGCAAGCUAGACCACAAUCGGACGGGGUUUGUGGACUAUAGUCACUUCAAAGAACAGAAGCUGGCACAGAAGCCUGUGAAAGGAGAAACUGAGGAAGUAGAGGCAGAAGAGCCAAAAAAAUGA